AUGACUAUGACGUUUGGCAAUGGCUACCGCCUUGAUAAGAACGAUUUGCUGGGAGCUGGUGGUUAUGGCAAGGUCUACAAAUGUACGGACAUGCAGGGCAGGGAACUUGCCGUCAAGCAAGUCUUCACCGCAAACACAGAGGUUUUGGACAGAGAGAUUGAGAUUCACACCCACAUUGGCCAGCACCCAAAUAUUGUUCAGCUCAUCGACGCCUUUCCAAUUGAGGGGGCGGAGGGGAAGAUGAUAGUGAUGGAGUUGGCCAAGGGUGGCGAGCUGGGGGACUUGCUGGAGAAGACGGGCCCUAUGCCCGAGCAGAAGGCCAAACACAUCUUCAAGCAGGUCGUGGGUGCCAUUCAGCACCUGCAUUCCCGCAAUAUCCUACACCGGGACCUGAAGUCUGACAACAUCCUCCUUUGCACCGACAGCACUCACGACAUGAACCAGCCUGUUGUGAAGCUGAUCGACUUCGGAGCGGGCCACUGGGCGAAGACGGGGCCUCUGGUGGCGGACAAGUUCAUUGGGACGCUGCAGUUCAUGGCCCCGGAGGUGAUCAUCGCGCGUGGGGACGACUUCGACGCCACGGAUGCCUCGCAGGUCGAAUCUACGGUUCAGAUCGAGUUCAAGAAGCGGCCUUUUGGGAUUCGGAAGUACAAGCCGGGUCCGAACAACAAGGGCGCUCGCAUUAUUGAGGUCAUCGAGCAGUCGCGAUACCCAGGUGACCCUCUUGGUCAAGCUUUCGUAGCUGGGGUCCAGAACGAGUGGGUCGUGAAGUCGGUAAAUGGAAGGGACGUCAGCAACAUGGAUUUCGAGGACAUCCUCGACCUUAUGGGUGAUCGCUUGCUGGACAAUUCCUCCCGUGGUGCAUUCGAUGGGUCCUACAAGGUGACGGGUGACAACAAAGGAAAGGGAAAAGUGCUGCCGAAGGUUGAGCAGGUGGAGCUGCCUGCGCAGAUCCAGUAUGCCAAGAUGCGGUCGAAGCCCUACGAUGCGAAGGUGGACGUGUGGUCCCUGGGCUGUGUCCUCUACCAUAUGCUGGCCGGUCGACCCCCAUUUGCGCCAGAGGAGCCGGCCGUGCUUGCAGGAACCUUCCAACCGCCACCAGGGGCCUCGCCACAAGUCAUGGACUUGUUGAACAAGAUGCUCGUGGUGAACCCGGCAGCACGCGCCGAUCUUGCCACGGUGGCUGCCCACCCCUGGAUGCAGUGA